AUGUCGUAUUCUCCCGUUUUAUAUCAUUCAGAAUAUGAGGGUUUUCAGCUACAUUAUCCCACAUAUAAAAUUCCCCUCAUUGCAAUGUGUCUAACCAAAUUCGAUGUGAAAAAAGGGAAUACAGUCUUGUGGAAGGCUUCGAAUUCGUCAGAGGUGGACUUAAGUAAUAUCGAGUUCAAGACAUUACCAUCUGGUAUCCAUGAGAGGGAGCAGGAUUUUAUAAACUUUGUUAUUCCUAAGAAAAACGGUGAUUUGUAUUAUGGGAUUGCCCUAUUUUCGCAAAACGGUUUACAAAUGGUUAAGCAAGUUGCUACAAGUCACAUUGAUAGAACUAAGGUGGAAAUGUACUCUUUAGCUGUAAUCGUUGAUCCUCGGUCUAUGGAAGAGGAUUUUUCAGAGAGCAAGUUUUAUCGAGUGAAGCCUAACUUCUAUACAUGUGUAAAUGAAUAUAUGGAUGACCUUUCUAACUUAUUGAAGAACUGGACAGCGAAUUCCAACUUGGAAGGACUAGAACAUUAUUAUGCUGCUAACAAGGGUCCAUCAAAUUCAAGUCCGCUAUAUCCUGCUCUUUCGACAUCAAAGAUGCGACCUUUAUCGGUGAAUUCUAGUCCAAAUUACGUUAGAACUGGGGAUCAUAAGAUGGACGCGGAAACCUAUAAACCUCAGAAAUCAUGGUUGUACUUGUUGCCAGAAUUGGUUGAACAAAUCGGGCCGCUUAUAUUUACACUCUGGAAAUCAUGUCUAUUGAGAGAAAGAAUAUUGAUUGUAAACGAACAUGGAGAGUCAUUCGAGAGAUGCAAUGCCCUUAUUUAUUGUUUGUCCGUAUUAUCGUCGAUUCCUGAAAGACUCGAACGUGAAAUUCCUCAUAAUAUGCAACAAUUACAGACGUUGUACACGAUCGGUAUAACAGACCUGGAUUAUUUAAGCGAAUUAGUGUCAGCAGCAUUAACUCGAGCUACCGAUGAUAAUUAUGCUUUGCCGAAUUAUAUUUCUUCUACUGGCGAUGAAAUAUUGGCGCAGAGAGAUGACUUGUUUGAUUUAGUGUUCAUGUUUUCGAAUGGCAUGGAAUGUGUGGCACUUCGGCACGGUGAUCCUAUUAAAGCAACGCCCCAAGAGUGGGGAUUGUUUCAGCACGUCUCUAACCAUUACUUAAAUCGUGAAUAUGGCGACUCGAAACUACUCUGUUACUUAAGUAAUGUUGAACCGUUAUCCUGGUCACAGUACAUUAUAGAUUCGUUAUACUGGUGGACAACUGCGGGAUAUUUACAGCCAUCAUAUCAUCAAAGACAUCUGACUGAGGACUACGAUCCCGUUAUUGAAAAGGAUGAGUUGGAAGUUAUGUUUGGUCUUGUAGAGUAUUUUCACAAUAGAACUACGUUUUUAUACGAAAGGCUUAGUCGUUUAAUUGAUAGAAGUGAUGGCGAUGAGGAUAAAAUAGUGAUUUCACCUUUUUCCUUGGUUGAAUGUGGUUUAGAUUGUUUCAGUUCUCAAGAUUAUGCAUUUAUCAAGACACUAGGUGAAAAAUGGUUUAAAAAACACAUUGAUGUGAGAUCGGUGGAUUUAAGCUUGUGUUGUUAG